UGUGAUGAAAUCAUAAUAUUUGUUUUAUACUUUGAUUCAAAGUUAUUGAUGUGUCACGUUCAUAAAUACCAAUUGCUUUUUUUUAAAACGAGGAUGAGUUGAAAGAAAAAAGAAUUGCCUAAUCAUUGUUAAUGUUUGUUUUUUAAGCAGUAAUCAAUUUGUAACGUCAUUUUCCAUAUGAGAAGGAUAUUGUGCGUUUGUGUUUCUCUUCUAAAUGAUCAUAGGUCAAUCAUGUUAGGCUCCGAAAAGGCAUUAAUUCGCGAUUUCAAAAGUUGGAAAUUUAGAAACCCCCCAAAUUACGCCGAAUUACCUAUAAGUGAGGAUCCGGAAUAUAAUGUUCCUGUUGCUGUUAAAAAUGCUGUAUUUUCUAAGGUACCAACAGAGCCCUUAAUUGGCAAACUUCACUUAGUGUGUGCAUCAGAUGAUGCAAUGAAGCAUAUACUAGAUUUGGAUCCAGUUGUGGCGGAAACUGAGGAAUUUGUGGACAUGAUAGCUGGCAAAUAUUUACCAGAAGGAGGUCUUACUGUUUGCCAUAGAUAUGGUGGAUAUCAGUUUGGUUAUUGGGCUGACCAGCUCGGGGAUGGGAGAGCUCACAUCCUAGGAGAGUAUGUCAACAGGAAUGGUGAAUCCUGGCAGCCACAACUGAAAGGUUCAGGGGAGACGCCUUACUCUCGCUUUGGCGACGGGCGCGCGGUGCUGCGCUCCUCUAUUAGGGAGAUGAUAGCCUCCGAAGCGUGUUACUACCUUGGCAUCCCAACUACUAGAGCUGCGGCUUUGGUGGUGAGUGACGAUCACAAAGUAUGGCGGGACAAGAGCUACAGUGGGGCUGCGCGACAGGAGCGCGCCGCCGCGGUGCUGCGCCUCGCGCCCGCCUGGUACAGGCUGGGCUCCUUCGAGAUACUGCUAAAGAGGAACGAGCCCCACACUAUGCGGCAACUAGCUGACUUCGUUAUUAAGCACCAUUUUCCAAAUAUCUCAUCUGAGGAUCCAGAUAGAUAUGUUAAAUGGUAUUCGGAGGUGGCACAUUCAAAUCUAGACAUGGUGGCAACUUGGCAAGGUGUAGGGUUCACCCACGGAGUACUGAACACAGACAAUGUGAGCGUGCUCGGCCUCACGAUAGACUAUGGCCCGUACGGCUUCAUGCAGCACUACUACCGGCAUUACGUGCCCAACACGUCUGAUGAUGCGGGACGGUAUGCUUUUAAUAAACAGCCAGAGAUACUCGUGUGGAAUUUAGAGAAGUUCGCGGAAGCGUUAGAUCCAAUACUGACAGAUGACCAGAAGCAGAAAAUAAAAGAUAUACAUAAAACUCUUGGAGGUUAUGUCAAGAAUAAAAUUGCACAAACGUACGUAACCAAACUGGGGUUGUCAGAGUUACAAGAAGGUGAUGAGAAGCUGGUGGAGGACUUGCUGCAGAUGAUGCAGCAGACGAUGGCCGACUACACGCAGACGUUCAGACAAAUGGCUGAGUUAGAUCUAUCCCAGUUGUCAGAUGUGACGUCACUAGAGAGCAAGUGGUCUUUGGUCAAGAUAUCGAAAUCCUCGCAGUGGGAUAAAUGGGUACAUAGAUACAGGGGGAGAUUGGAACAAGAGAAUGUAAAUAAUGAAGUAAGAAGAGACCGCAUGUUAAAAGUGAACCCCCUGUAUAUACCCAGCAACUGGAUAUUACAAGAAGCGAUAGCGGAUGCUGAGAAAAAUGACUUCGCAAAGGUACGACUUCUAUUAAAAAUAUUUAAGAAUCCAUUUGAAAUGAACGAGGAAGCCGAGAAGUUGGGAUAUUCAUCACAACCUCCCAGCUGGGCGUAUGGCAUCAAACUGAGCUGUUCCAGCUAAAAGUUUCAAAAAAUAAUAGAAAUCCAUCGAAAUUAAUGAAUUCUACCGUGAUAUCAGUAAAUCUAAAAUCAUGUUAUUUGUAUUCAAAUUUAAUUACAUCAGUAGACGUUUAUUUUCAAUUAUUAAUGUAUAUUACGAAAGUGCCAUGUCAUGUGUUUUCUUAUGAUUUUAUUGUUUUUAUAUUGUUUGGUUUUUGUAAUAAAAAAGAUUUAUUAUAUGUUGAUAGUUUAAGAUAUAGAAUUAAGAAUAAAUAAUUGGACUA